UUCGUGUGAGGAAUAAUUCUCCACUCCUACUGCUUUUUUUUAAAGAUAUAAUUACUAAUUUCUUAAAAGGAGAGAAUGAAAUAGGCUGCAUAAUUCACAGAGGAAGAUUUAGUAUGCGAAGUCAGGCGGAGCAAUGGCCUGUCUCUCGUCAGUCCUGAUAGCAGGGAUCUUGGUAUCCCUUGUGGAACCUUCCAUUGCCAAGCAGUACAACUUGCUAGUCAUGUGUCCGAUUGGGCCACACAGCGUCUAUCGCCUGACGCUUCAUCUCUCCGAGAUCCUUGCCAACGCUGGUCACCUCGUCACCCACGUGUCGACUUAUGGACCUUCCUCCAAACACCCGAACGUCACAGAAGUUCCCACAGGGGCAUCUGUCGAGCAACUGGAAGCCAUGAACAUCUUCCACUAUAGGAACAGUUUGGCUGGAUACGACUGGAUCAGAGACGUCAUUGAAAAAACAGGGGACGCGAUGUGGAGGAACGAGCACAUCAGACGCCUUUGGGAGAGACGGCGUGAUUUUGACGCUGUUGUGAUUCUCAGUACAAUGAACGAAAUUGCUGGUCCUUUCCUGAUGGAUUACAAUGGAGCGUUUGUUACCUUGUGCUCCUCUGGAGCUGCUGUAGAGGCCCUGAGCAUAGCCGGGCAGGGCAAUUGGCUCCCUCUGUCUGUGAUACCGAAUAAGUUGGUGUAUGAUGAUCACGUCUCCUUUCUCGAGAGGCUGACAAAUGUGUGGAGGACGUGGGCCUUGUACAGUGAAUACGAGGAGACAUCCAUCUCUAUGUCUCAGAAAAUUCUCGAAAGAUAUAUUCCUGGCAUGCCCCCAGUGGGACAGCUUUUUGAGAGGGUCCACCUGACCUUGAUCAACGGUCACUUUGCGCUAGAUGGACCUAUGCCUUUGCUCCCCACUCAGGUUGAGAUCGGAACCAUCACUGCAAAGCCUCCCAAACCUUUGCCCAGUGUAAUUUUUCUUGAGGUUUUUAGAAGACUGCCUCAGAAGGUCAUUUGGAAAUACGAAGAGGAUGACCUGGAUCUCCCGCCAAAUGUCAUUACGAGGAAGUGGCUGCCGCAGCAGGAUAUUCUGGGACAUCCUAAAACGCGGCUUUUCAUGUCUCACUGCGGUAAUUUUGGAGUUCAGGAGGCGAAGUACCAUGGGGUUCCAAUUCUGGGUUUCCCUGUAGCCUUCAACCAGAACAGCAAUGCGGUUCAGAUGGCCAACAAAGGACUAGGUCUAGUGAUCAGAUGGGAUGAGCUGACAAGAGAGCUCUCUUCACGUCAAUCCAGACUCUUAUAAAUGACCCAUCAUACGCUGCCAGGAUGAAGCGAGUGUCAGAAGCGGCUCAGGAUCAGAAGGAGACGGCAGCCGAGAGAGCCAUCUGGUGGAUUGAGUACGCCGUUCGCUGUAACGCUCGCAACUGCUCUUAUGCCGAGUACGGGGGCAAGACGCUCCAUUUCUUCCAGUACGUGAUGGCGGACGUGGCAGUCUUCUUGGUGCUAGCCUUCCUUGCGCUAGCGUCUUUCUCCUGUUAUGUCUGUGCAUGUGCGUGUAGAAUUAUCUCCAGAGUUUGGAGAAGACGAACAAAGGAAAAGAUCAACUAACAAUUAUUGUUAAUCUGAACAAGAACCCUUUUCAUAUGGAACAAGGCCCCGAAAGGGGUCAUUAGCUUGAAAUUCAAGUUUCCGAAGAAUAUUAGUGUUCAUUCCAAAGAAGCAACAGAAAGUAAUAAUAAUAAAAAUAAUAAUCAUUAUUAUUAAUCAGAAGAUAAUAAAACUAAAUUGAUUUUGAAAGUAUAGCAUGUAAAAAAACAGUAUAAAAAUUAAACAAAAAUUUUAAGUUUAAUAAAGUUAGAGAUAAUUUAUACCAACAAAACAGACAAUGUGAAUGCAUUAUACAUAUAGUGUAGAAAUGACAGUUCUUCUAACUUGAAUAUUUAGGGGUAAACCUAUAACAGUGAACUUCAUAAUCAUCUGCUACGGGGCCUAAAGAUAUGGUAUCUGACCUCACUAACAGAUUUUAUAAGUAUAUCAUGAGUGAAUCUUUUUCCUGCAUUUAGCUUGAUCAGCUGAAAUUAUGACUAUAUUCAUAGUUUAAGGAAGAAUUUUUAUAUUGCUUUCACUGGCUGUUUCCCCUAAGGUAGAAACAAGGUUUAGGUGCUAUUUACUUAGAAGAAAUGGCCUAAUUGUUUUU